CUUGUGUUGCUCCUUCUUUCAGACUCUCCGUGGAAAGUGCAUCUGUCAAACGUCAGCCCCGAGAUGACAGGCGUCACCGUGCGUGGCCUGACCCCGGCCCGCACCUACCAGUUCAGAGUGUGCGCCGUGAACCACGUGGGCAAAGGCCAGUACAGCGCCGAGACCAGCAGGUUGAUGCUACCUGAAGAACCACCCAGUGCUCCCCCAAAAAAUAUCGUGGCCAGUGGGCGCACCAAUCAGUCCAUCAUGGUCCAGUGGCAGCCGCCCCCGGAAACAGAGCACAACGGGGUGCUGCGGGGGUACAUCCUCAGGUACCGCCUGGCUGGCCUCCCGGGGACGCACCAGCAGAGGAACAUCACCAGCCCGGAGGUCAGCUACUGCCUGGUGACAGAGCUGAUCGUCUGGACCCAGUAUGAGAUUCAGGUGGCUGCGUACAACGGGGCGGGCCUGGGCGUCUUCAGCCGAGCGGUGACCGAGUACACCUUACAAGGCG